GCGCCCCCGAGCGUACAGUAAAGUCAGUGUGCUCAAACACAGUUGUAAUCUUGAACGUGUUACGGAAAUUACAAACGUUAUGCAUUUUUCCACCGACGACGAGUAAAAAAAAACGUGAAAGCCAUUUUAUCCGUGCACGGGCAUUAACAUGACGAACUUUUGGCUGGUUUUAAAGGAAGCGAGCUUAUGUGUUCCGGUGACGAACUGCUUUUUCCCUGUCAGGAAACUCACUGCGCUAAAGAUUCAUUCUAGCAUCUGCUGUUUAUCAUCAUCAACAUCACGAGAAUGCUUGGACUAAUGUCGCCUAAAAAUCUCACCUCACGCUUAAUAUCACCAAAAGCGCUUGAACGGCCCUCGGGGAGCGUAUUUCUUGCACUUUCGCGGAGUUUUAACUUUCGCUGAGUUUUAACCCUCAUCAACGGAAAAGGGAAUUUGUUCUCGAAGUUCAAGUAUCCGCUGACUGUAAUGCGCACGCUCUUUUGUCCAGAUCUUCGACAGUGGUUUUCCUGUGCAGUUAUCCUCAUACGUUUUUAACUUUUCCUUCGAUAAAGUGGAUACAUGAAUGCUGCUUUCACUGUCACAUGCCUUCAUUCAUAAUCAUUUGUCGCAUAAUAAUGUGGAGAUUGUCCAAUCAUCGAGCUGAGGGCUCAUUUUCUGGUUUGUUUGGCUUUACAAAGUUGUUACGCGCCGGAUGAACGAACUGUUACCGAUUCGCCUUUCACAAGAAAAGUGAAAACUGUACGUUCGUGCAGUGAGCUGGGCAGACACAUCAACGGAGGGGGGAAAAUGCAAACCUAGCAGGAAAAGAAGCCAUCAGAAUUACGGAAAUCCUUUCCUUUUCUCCAGUCUGCGAAUACAAAUGGAUUUUAUGUACGCAACUCGCUUAUAUCUGCACUAUUAGUGUUGUUACGAGACAUUCUUGCUUUAGCUUUUGGAGGUGACGCUUAUUAUUGAGAUUUAUUUUCAACUCUCCAUGCAGUUGUUAUGUCUUCUUCACAAAGCUAUAAAGAUAUGUCGCUUCAUGAAACGUCAAUGCUUUAUUCGUAGUCACUAAACGGCUGCUUUCUAUCACCAUAAACUGGAGAUUACUUAUUUUUGUGUAUUAAAGGAGUCUAUUCUCUAGACUGGUCUGAGGAAUAGGUUUUAUGGAUGAAAUGGGAGACCCUCAGGGGUCCGCGCGCCUGAAAGCGCGUUAGCAAUGGCAGCGGCCUGGACAUUUGUGGACAGUCAUAUUACAUUAACUGUAGCUAUUACGUUUGUCAUCGAGAUUGCGAAUAACGGACAGAACGUGACUGAGUGAAGAGUCCCCCUUAAACUGCGUGCAAUUCACCCCAAGCUCAGAAAGAACAGAUAACAUCUUUGAAGGACAUCAAAAGAAUAGAAGGCCAUUGAUGGGUGACACUAGAGGAAAGGGUGUGUGAGGACCUUCAAACCUGAACUUCAAUCAAUAGCACACACAUUCAUACCGACAAAAUGAAUGAGAGACAGGCUCUCCAUUCAAUUAUGAAGGAUCUGGUGGCCCUGCAGAUGACCAGGCGCCAGCCGGCGUCAAAUUACGACACGGCAAAACCUAAACCUGUCAAUACUGCCAGCUCUUCCAACAGAAUGGAGGAUGUCAGGAUUAAGUUUGAGUUCUGUGGUGAAAGAAGGAUUCUGAUGUUUGGGCGGCCUGUGCAGUUUGAGGAAGUCCAGCAGAAAGUCAAAACAUUCUUCGGUCAGCAGUUAGACCUGCAUUAUAUGAAUAAUGAGCUGUCUAUUCCCCUGCGUAAUCAGGACGACUUGGAUAAAGCCAUUGAUCUGCUGGACCGCAGCUCAAAAUUGAAGAGCAUCAAGAUCAUGCUGCUCACACAGGAACAAAGCAAUGCCUCCUCUCCAUCUCAUCACACAGUCAGUAAGCAAGUUCGCAUCAAAACUUCUCAGUCCACUGGUGAUGUCAGCACUGCCUACCAGUCCUCGGAACCCAGAGGACGCCACCACUCCACAAGCUCUCAGAAUACAGGGCGAAGUUCUCCGCCCCCUGGUUAUGUUCCUGAGCGGCAACAGCGAAUCGCACGUCAGGGAUCUUACACCAGCAUCAAUAGCGAGGGGGAGUUCAUACCUGAAACCAGUGACCAGUGUGUGCUGGAUCCUUGGAGCAGCGCAGAAGACUCAGUGUCCGGCAGCUGUCAGUCACUGGACAGCAACUCUGACAGCCCCUCACUCAGGAAACCUCGUACACACAGGGUUAAGAGUUACCCUGACAACCGACAGGACUGUGCUGACCGGGAAAACCAUGCGAAUGAUAAGAUUGUGGGUAAGGGAGGGACGUACCCUCGAAGGUAUCAUGUGUCCCUGCAUCAUAAAGACCACAGUGAAGGUCGACGGACGUUUCCGCGGAUCCGUCGUCCCCAUGGAAACUUGUUCACAUUGGUGCCAUCACGACGAUCGCUGAACGGCAGUGAGGAGAGUUUGGGGAGCUGGCAGCUGGUGGAUACUCAGGCCAGACUCCGCCCACAGGACCGUCCAGUCCCGCAUAAGUCUCCUACAGCUCCAGUGACGUGGCGUAGGGGGAAGUUGCUGGGCCAGGGUGCUUUUGGAAGGGUUUAUCUGUGCUAUGAUGUGGACACAGGCAGAGAACUUGCAGCAAAACAGGUUCAUUUUGACCCUGCCAGUCCAGAGACCAGUAAGGAGGUGAGUGCUUUAGAGUGUGAGAUACAGCUGUUGAAGAACCUGCACCAUGAACGAAUCGUCCAGUACUACGGUUGCCUUAGAGACCACAGUGAGAAGACCCUCACUAUUUUCAUGGAGUAUAUGCCUGGGGGUUCAGUCAAAGACCAGCUAAAGGCCUAUGGGGCCUUGACAGAGAAUGUGACGCGCAAGUACACAAGACAGAUUCUGGAGGGCAUGUCCUACCUGCACAGCAACAUGAUCGUCCAUAGGGAUAUCAAAGGUGCCAACAUCCUGCGAGAUUCAGCCGGCAAUGUGAAGCUGGGAGAUUUUGGUGCCAGUAAACGGCUUCAGACCAUCUGCAUGUCCAGCACUGGGGUCCGUUCUGUUACCGGAACGCCGUACUGGAUGAGCCCAGAGGUCAUCAGUGGAGAGGGGUACGGCCGGAAGGCAGACGUUUGGAGUCUUGGCUGCACUGUGGUGGAGAUGUUGACAGAAAAGCCCCCUUGGGCUGAAUACGAGGCCAUGGCGGCCAUAUUUAAGAUCGCCACUCAGCCCACCAACCCCCAGCUGCCCUCCCACAUCUCCGAGCACACGCGGGACUUCCUACGCUGCAUCUUCGUGGAGGCCAAAUACCGGCCGAGUGCGGAGGAGCUGCUCAGGCAUCCCUUCUCACAGAUCUUGUGCUGAGGAGGCCCACUGUCCAUCCAACUGCUUCAACUUGUUAGUUUCCCUUUUCAAAAACAUCCAAGAGUGAUAAACUCACUUCCAAAAGCAAUCUAUGUUUCCAGAGCAUGUUGCCUGGAUUAGGUCAAAAACUGGUUUAAAAUCAGUUUAAGAUAUGGCGUCUUUGUGACAGCAGGGGGCGCCACAGGACUUUUCGUUCUGCACACGCUCUUUUGUUCAGGAAUAUACUGGUUGGUGAUGUAAGAGCAAAUGAAACAAACAUGAUACUGUUUGAGCUGUUAAUUACAUCUUUACUUGCCACAGAACUUAUUACAACAACUGCCAAAUGUGCCUUCUGAAGCCAACAGGGUCUUAAUCUCCUUGAAUGAGGUUUUCAGACAUCAAGAAUGUCUCCUAGUAAUGAAUGUUUCGUACAGUCCAGAGCAGAGUUGUGAAGCCAAUGCUUUACGUGCCAGUUUUCCGGGAUCUCCAUGUUGUUUCUCACUCCAGGCACUUAGUGUAAGAGGAAGCCUAGCAAUUGUGUCUCGGAUUGUUUCUGCCUUCGACAAAUGAGGGUCUUGCGCACGUCAGUCUCGGAUGCUUUGAGUUUGUGGUUAAUCUUAUAUUUUGAUUUAUCUUUAUAGAAUUGCACUUGAUGUGUCAUUUGUUAGUAGCAUUUAGUCUGUCACAGAAAGCGGCUUGCUCUCGUUUUUGACUUGAGGGUCAGAGCAUGAGGUUAAAGUGAAGAGGUUCUUUGGACGAAGCGUAAUAUGUAGUUUUGUACCAUCGUAGUGCCUUGUGGUAUCCUGUAGAGUGCAGCAGUACAGCCUUUAAGAUGCAGCUAAUCUCAAUAAGAGUCUUCCCAUAGUGAUAAGAUGUCAAAUUGGGAAUCUCGUAAGGCGUUUUAUCGUUUUUUUUAGGGUGUGGUGAGAUAUUGAGAGGACAUUAAGAUGUAUAUUAGUUUUCUCUCCAGCCCAGCCAAAGGAAACGUAUUAAGAAAGUGCCUUAAGUAUCGUAUGGCAGUAUAUCGGACUCGUUUGGAUCAGAUGCACUUUUAUUAAAUGAAUGUUGAAAUUACCAAAUUGUUCGUUUGUUACAGAGAAUGUGAAACCUUUUUCACUUUUAUUUAUAUCCCAUUGUUCAGCCAUUUUUAUAUAUGAGUAUAUAUAUGUUUAUGUAUAAAUCUAUUUUUAUAAAGUGACUCUGUCUGAACCGAGUUGUGCUAAUAGGAACAGAAGACGAGUUAACUAAAAUUGUAAAAGCAGCUGGUUUUGCAGAGACUAUAACAUGAUUUUACACGUUUAUUUCUGGCUGGAAAUUGAGCGAUUUAUGCCGCACCUGAUCUGUGCAAGUCACAAGUCCUCUGUACUAUCACUUUUUAAAAGGGUUUAUUGCGUGUGUGUCUAUUUCUGUUUAUCCGUCUGCUUUUUCCCUGAGGAUAUUGGAAAGAAUCUCAUGUAGACAGGAUUUGAAUGCAGGUUGUAACAGGAAGUGACCAGUGCCUUGACUCAUUCUCAGUAAUACAUGUAUACACAGAAUAUCACAUUUGCUGCCACUUAGGAAUGACUUGCACAGAGAUGUAUUUACCUCUAUGUAUUCAGAGUUGUAGUGUUGGAAAGAAAAAUAAGAGUUGUAAAAGAAAGAUUUAUGUUAAGAAAAAAAAAAGAACGGUUUAAAGGUUGAUGUACACUAACUUUCAAAGUUUGUGGUCAAUAAGUGAGUACUUUUUCUCAGCAAGGAUGCGUUAAAUUGAUCAAAAGUGACAGUAAAGACAUUUAUAAUGUUACAAAUGGUUUCUAUUUCAAAUAAAUGCUGAAAAAAUGUAUCAUGGUUUCCACAAAAAAAUAAAAAUAAAUGGCAAAUCUGUUUUCCACAUUGAAAAUGACAAGUAAUGGUGACACUGAAGACUGGAGUAAUGAUGCUGAAAAUUAAGCUUUGUCAUCACAGGAAUAAAUUACAUUUUAAAAUGUAGCAAACUAGAAACGUCAUUUUAAAUUUGCAAAAAUAUAAUUUGAUUGAUCAGAUAAAUGCAGCCUUGGUGAGCAUGAAGGACUUAAGGAAAAUAAAUAAAUAAAUAUAUAUGUGUGUAUUUCAGAAUGCAGGAAAGUGUUAUUAUACUUGGAAAGUAAGCACACGGGACUUGGAAUGUUUGUGAUGAACUGAGAAAUGUGUUUGAAAAGGUGCCGCGCUUUCUUUGGAAAUGUAUUAUGGGGUCUUGCUCAAAUGAAAGGGUAUGCCGAUGCCAGGCGCAAAAUUCCAUUCAGCUUGACGACUUUGUUUAGCUCAGGGUUUGAGUGACAGGUGUCCAUCAUACGGGCACACCAACACUGACCACAGGACAAAUUGUCCUCCUCUUAUAUUAUUUUGAAAGUAUUUUGGCCUCCUCAAAAGAGUUGAAUGGCUCAAAUAUGAUCUUGAAAAGCUGCUAGUUCUUGUUUAGGCAGCUAAAAAUCAGUAUUGUACCAAAUGUCUCAGAAAAAUGUCACAUUAAGUCUAGUUGAGAACCCU